AUGAGUCGGAAAAACCCACGCGAUGACGAAAAGUUCAAAUACAAUAAGCGGAGACGAGGAGGCUUAUCUUUGCCUGGACAGAAUUCUGACCCCAUCGCCGAUCCUGACAAGGCUGUGCCUCCCCACGCAACUGCAGAGAGUCCAAACGACAAGACGGAUGCCCCAGUGGCAAACGAAGACACAACAGCAGAGGAGCAUGUUGACCAAGACCCCGAUACCUCCCAUGCCUCUGGUCCUGCCCUCAAUCUUGACAAGACUAUGACUUCCGAAGCAACUGCGAGCGAUCUAGAAAAUGAGAUAGAUGCACCUACGGCAAGCCAAGAUAUAAUCCCAGAAGAGCUUAUGAUCCAAGAGCCUGACACCUCUAACUCUUGUGCUUCUGGGCCCGAUCUUGACGAGGCUGUGGUUUCUCAAGCAACCACUAGCGGUGCCGAUAACGGGACAGAUACCCCAAUGUCAAACCAAGACAAGGCAUCAAAGGUCCCUGAUGGUCUACUAGAUCUCACAGGAGUAGACCUUGCCAGGGAUCUUGAUUACAUCGCCAAGCACUUACUUCGCGGUGAACUUUACCUCUUCUGCUAUUUACGAGACGGCCGUUUUGGCUGGGUACCAGAAGAAAGGGUUCAGACUGAGGACGAAUUUACUUUCAACACAUUCUGGGAGUCACGAGAAGACGUUGCAGGUCGCCCGCACGACAAGCAAGAGCACUAUAUCCGCAUGCACAGCAUGUGUGUUGGAAAAUGA